AUGUAUCUACAUUUUUUAAAUAUACAUAUUUUGAUACACGUACAGGUUCCCAAAGGCCCGCCCUCACCACCCGCACCAGUACUACACUCCCCACCGCGUAAAGUAACACCUCAAGAACAAAGUGAGUGGAAGAUACCUCCCUGUAUAUCCAACUGGAAGAAUCCCAAGGGUUAUACUGUGCCUCUGGACAAGCGAUUGGCAGCCGAUGGUAGAGGUUUACAGGAACAACAGAUCAAUCACAACUUUGCUGAUUUGGCGGCUGCGCUGUAUCACGCCGACAGGAAGGCCCGUGAGGGUGUUGAGCUCAGAGCGAGUAUGCAGAAGAAGCUUGCAACGAUUGAGAAAGAGAAACACGAGAACAAUUUGCGAGCGCUGGCGCAGAAGGCCCGUGACGAACGCGCUGGAAUUCAACAUCACAGUGACAGCGGCAGUGACGAGGAGGUGGCACAGAGGGAUCAAAUCCGAGAUGAUCGUAAAUACGAGCGUGAUCGUGACCGCAAAAUGGCGAGUUCCAAAGCCGCCAAACGCGGCACAACAGCACGUGAUAUGGAAGAACGUGAUAUCAGUGAGAAGAUUGCGUUGGGGCAGGCGGUUAAGCCCAAUGUGCAGGGAGAAAAUCUGUAUGAUCAACGACUGUUCAACCAGACUAAAGGCAUGGGCAGUGGGCUGCAGGGAGAUGAUGAUGCGUAUAAUAUAUAUGAUAAG